AUGUGUACUCGUAAACGUCAAGCCGAAGAGGAGACCGAGGAUCUUGAGGUUGAGAAUCAAUCGGGAAGUCCAUGCAGCAGCAGCUUGACAGCUAGUCAAAUUUUGCUUAAUGAAAAACUAGACCAAAUUAUGGCACAAGUCAACUUUCAUCAUCAGGAGGCACAUGCAAUGGUCCGUGAGGUGCAGCAGGAGCUGGAGGAGCUGUCUAUUAAAAGAGAGAACUUCUACAAGAGAUUGGAAAGGAUUUGUGAGAAUCUGGAGAAGCAAUUGUUGGAGGAGGCAGAAUGGGAAGGAGGUGCUGGAGAGGAUGAGGAGGAAGAGGAGGAGGAGGAAGAAGACAUGGAGGAAGAAGCAAUGCCCCCAAUCGAACGUCAACGUGGAUAA